GGCUCGCGACCCAGCAGAGCUGGCUCUGUCGCCGCACCACCAGCUGCGGCUCUGGGACCUGCAGACCAGUCGGGGCCGGGAGCCGCCCGGGGCAGGGCUCGAGAGAGCGGGCCCCACCAUGAGGCCCCAGCCUCUCGGGAGCCCCUGCGCUCCCCUGGCCCCGGGCACACCGUGCUAGCCCCAGGAGGGCAAGGGCAGGCGCGGGGGCCAUGGCCAGCCACGUGGACCUGCUCACCGAGCUGCAGCUGCUGGAGAAGGUACCUACGUUAGAGCGCCUGCGCGCAGCCCAGAAGCGCCGGGCUCAGCAGCUGAAGAAGUGGGCACAGUAUGAACAGGACCUGCUUCAUCGUAAGCGCAAGCAUGAGCGGAAGCGCAGCACAGGUGGCCGUCGCAAGAAGGUGUCCUUUGAGGCCAGUGUGGCGCUGCUCGAGGCCUCACUGAGGAACGAUGCCGAAGAAGUACGCUACUUCCUGAAGAACAAGGUCAGCCCUGAUUUGUGUAACGAGGAUGGCCUCACAGCCUUGCACCAGUGCUGCAUUGACAACUUUGAAGAAAUCGUCAAGCUGCUGCUUUCCCAUGGUGCAAAUGUGAACGCCAAGGACAACGAGCUGUGGACACCCCUGCACGCUGCAGCCACCUGCGGCCACAUCAACCUGGUGAAGAUCCUCGUUCAGUAUGGGGCUGACUUGCUUGCUGUCAACUCUGAUGGGAACAUGCCAUAUGACCUCUGCGAGGAUGAACCCACCCUGGAUGUCAUUGAGACCUGCAUGGCAUACCAAGGAAUCACCCAGGAGAAAAUCAACGAGAUGCGGGCAGCUCCUGAGCAGAAGAUGAUAGCGGACAUUCACUGCAUGAUUGCUGCCGGCCAGGACCUUGACUGGAUAGAUGCCCAGGGGGCCACGCUGCUACACAUAGCUGGGGCCAACGGAUACCUGCGGGCAGCUGAACUCCUCCUGGACCAUGGAGUGCGUGUGGAUGUGAAGGACUGGGAUGGCUGGGAGCCUCUGCAUGCAGCAGCCUUCUGGGGACAGAUGCCAAUGGCAGAGCUGUUAGUGUCCCAUGGAGCUAGUCUCAGUGCCAGGACGUCCAUGGAUGAGAUGCCAAUAGACCUGUGUGAGGAGGAGGAGUUCAAGGUCCUGCUGUUGGAGCUUAAACACAAGCAUGACGUCAUCAUGAAGUCCCAGCUGAGGCACAAGUCAUCCCUGAGCCGCAGGACGUCCAGUGCAGGCAGCCGUGGGAAGGUGGUGCGUCGAGCCAGCCUGUCAGACAGAACCAACCUGUACCGGAAAGAGUAUGAGGGAGAGGCCAUCCUGUGGCAGCAGCGGAGUGCAGCAGAGGACCAGCGUACCUCCACCUACAACGGAGACAUCAGGGAGACCAGGACAGACCAGGAGAACAAGGACCCAAACCCCAGGUUGGAGAAGCCAGUGCUACUCUCAGAAUUCUCUACUAAGAUUUCCCGGGGAGAACUGGAUGGGCCUGUGGAGAACGGCCUCCGGGCUCCUGUCAGCACCUACCAGUACGCACUGGCCAAUGGGGACAUAUGGAAGAUGCACGAGAUGCCUGAUUACAGCAUGGCCUAUGGCAACCCCGGUGUGGCUGAUGUCCCCCCGCCCUGGAGCGGCUUCAAGGAGCAGAGCCCCCAAACGCUCCUGGAGCUGAAGAGGCAGCGGGCCGCAGCCAAGCUGCUCAGCCAUCCUUUCUUAAGUACCCACCUGGGCAGCAGUGUGGCCAGGUCAGGGGAGAGUAGCAGCGAAGGCAAGGCCCCCUUGAUCGGAGGCAGAACUUCCCCCUACAGCAGCAACGGGACCUCGGUGUAUUACACGGUGACCAGCGGAGAUCCCCCGCUCUUGAAAUUCAAGGCCCCCAUGGAGGAGAUGGAGGAGAAAGUCCAUGGCUGUUGCCGGAUCUCCUAGUGUCUGGGAGCUAGAGGAGAGAGCUGCCUCGGAGAUGUGCCCUUGGAAUCCACGCCAGCCCUGGCUGGGGAGGUGUCAGAGGGCAGCCAGGGAGAGGUGGGAGCUGCUUUCCAGAGGAGUGCUGACCUCACCUCAUGCCCAGCUGCCCAUAGCAUCCCUAUUCCCCUCCAUGCUGCUUUCCCGCCUCAAUGCCUGCAUCUGAAGCAUAGCGGCCCCAGCUCACUCUGAUUCAGGGAAGCUGAGCUUGGGAUCUCAGUUCUGUACUUUAAAAAGGCUUCACACACACUUUUCACUUUAGUGUGUGGGAAUGUUACACCUGAGCUCUUGGUGGGGCUGAGAAUUUGUAUUCCCAGAAGAAUGAGUUCAAGAAAGUCUUGGCACACCACUUGGCUUCCAUGGGGUUCUGACCUGCUCAGCUGAGCACAGUUCUGCUUAGAGUCACAUCAGGCUGGGCCACCACCCACACCUAGGAGGGACAGGAAGUCUUCCUCUGUUUUCAUGGGAUCCAGGAAUCAAUAUGGGUCAGAUCAGUGGGUCUAGGCCUGCUCCCAGCAGCCUCACUGAGAGCCACUGUCUUGCACAUGUCGAUAGGCUGGUGUCUGACUGUUCAAGGGCCACGCUUGAGAACAGGCCAUCCACUCUUAGAAGAAACCAAAUCUUGUUUUGGUCUUCUGGGGAAGCACAGGAGUGGGGUAGGGUGCCACACAUUGGUAUUUUCCAAACUGUGUUUGGUUGAAAUCUUCUUUGAGGCUGUAAAAUUCCAGGUGGGAGGCAACUGAAUUUGCCUUCUCCCGAGACAGAGUCACAACUGGGUUUUAUCGUCAGUGAAUUUUAUCAGGAGCGUCUGUGGGGGCCUCCGAGGGGAAGGGUGAGUGCAUUGCUGAGGACACCCUGGUUAACACUGAUAGGACACAGCACCCCGGCUCUUAUGGUUUCCGGGCUGUUUGGGUUCAGCCCAUCUCAGCUAGUUCUUCUCAGUCUGAGUGAGCAGUUGCAGCUUGCCUGUGCACUACCCUCCCGCCUUACACAGCCAAGUGUGCAGAGUGACUGUCGGGCCCACGCCCCUCCACGCUUCGCCUUUUCUGUACUGCUAUGUAAGACCUGUUUGCCAACGGUCACUUGUUGGCUCCUGCCAGGAGGUCUAAAAGCUCCCAGCCCACUUUCGCUGGAGCAGUAAUGCUCAAAACUGCAAACGGAGGUGUCCGUGACCACUGUCCUGUGCUACGUCCAGGAGAGGGGUGGCAUGGCUGGAGUUGACUUGCCUUCCAGCUGUACAGGUUUGCUGCCCAAGUCUCCCUGAUGUUGGGGAAGGAAGCCCACACCAUUUCACCACCACACUCUCCCACAAACUCACCGAAAUUGUGUGCCAUACCUUGGGUGCCACACACAGGCUCCACCAAAAUCUUCUAAUCUUCUGGUGUAACUAGCAAGCUAUAAGUUUGUUCCUUGCUCUGUGCUCCUUUUAUUUGUCCUUAAACUACCUCCUUAGAGCCCUGAGAGGAUCCCUAAGUCUAGAUUCAGAUUUAAGGGACAGAUACCCAUGUUGUAAUGGCCCCUUGUGCCAAAACCUUAGUAGUCAGUCUUGCCAUUGGUCUCUGUCCCCACUGUGGCCUUGGGACCUCAGGAGGCUAGAGAUGAGUUAGGACCUAACUGGGUCAGGGUAAUGCUUUAUCAGGAUCAGAGGUAUGGGGAGGGAGCUGGAUGCAGAAGGUGGUCACCCCCACCCCAACUCCAGGACAAAUGCAAUCUGGCAUGGUGGGGCAACAUAGGAGACCAAAGUCAGUUUCUUGAAUCCCUGGGGCCUUAGCUAGGUUCUGCAGCCCAUGGCUGAAAGAGGAUGAUCAAAACACACAUGUGUGGCUUUAAACUAGUAUUUGGCUCUGACAGACACUGAGAUGCUUCUGAAGCUGACUUUAGCCACAAGGUGGGCAGUGCCCAGGCAGCCAGCCACAUACUCUCAGGAGUCAGCUGCCCAGGGUUAUGGAGCUCUUUGCUCAGGGGCCAGAGAGUGAAGGCCUUUAUUGCCCUCUCUGAGCCAUUCAGGCCAUUCUUCCUUCACCCCCAGCACUUCUUCCUGCCCUCUGGGCCAUUUCUGUCUACUUGAGGGAUGGGAAACUUAGCUGCCUCUUCCAUGGGAGCUAGUCUCAAACAGUGUGGAUUCAUGAGAUUUUGUUCAUGUUAUCCACCAGGGACAAACAGACGUUCCUUGUUUGGGCUCCCAGUCCCCAGGGCACUUUCCCUGUGACUCUUUGGAAUAUUGAGAGUCACGAUGAGGAAUAACCUCCAGUGCAUGAGCCAGGGCCACCCACUCAUUCACUCAUGUAACCUGUUGAGGUGCUGAGACACACCAGACAUAGUGGUGGUAGUUUCUGCAGAUAAUGGACCAGCCAGGCAGCAAGGACUUGGAUCCCUUGAGGACUGUGGGCAUCCCCAGACGCAUCCAUUAUUCUGAUAAGAGCGCCUGCAUCCCAGACCAGUGCCCCUGUGCUUUGCAGAUCCUGCAGUUCAUAGUGUGAAUCUCUUUAGCUGGGGUGCAACUUUAUGACCACACCAAGAUAACAUUUGCUACUAAGCGCAGAUGCUAGAUUUCGGGUUCCAGGCAGACACACCACACCAGUCCAUCUAGAGCCUUCAGAGGUAACCUUAAGGCCAGCAUCCCUGGAGGACAAUAUAACGGCAGUCUGAGGUCAGAGCCUGGAAGAAUUAGAAGCCUGCAAUUUGCUGUCAAACGCAUCCGUAGCUUUUACAGUCAUCUCUUGCUCAUUUUUGCUCAUAAAUCAUAUAGUCUUUUCUCCUACCCAACCAAUGCAUAUUGGGAGUGAGAACAACUACUUUUUCCUUUUCAUAGCAAACCUUUUCCUGUGUGUCAGCCUCUCUCCCUGAAAAGUGUGGAUCCAGGGGCUAGGGGAAGCUUGGCAAGGUUGACCAGAUGUCCCACUCCUACUAGGAACCCGUGUCUUAGUAGUCAUUCUUGGCAAACUGCAGACAUCUAUUUCCAAACUGGUGCCCUGCGGUUCCCUGUGAAAUGUGCUAUUUGCACCCACCCUAUUCUCCCUAAACAAUUAGAAAUUGGUAGCUAUCACCAGAUUGUGAGUUUCUGGCCAGUAGCUCAGGGAAUUGAAAUGAUUCUUAAGCCCAGGUCUACUGAAGACUUUGGGGAUAUAAUUCUUUAUCAAAUAUUCAGCAUUAAUGAAGCUUCUUGGCAUUAUUCGCUGAAUGUUUAGAUGCUUGGAAGGGUUGCCAGAGUGUGGCACCCAGCUGGACAUAGUGGCACACACCUUUAAUCACAGUACUAGAGAGACAGAGGCAGGCAAUGUAUUUCUGAAUUCAAGACCAGCCUGGUCUGCACAGUGAGUUCCAGGCCAGUUAGGGCUCUACAGAGAAAUCUUGUCUCAAAAAAAUCAAAUAAAUAAAAGUAAAAUAUGACUUCCUGGUUGACCUAGCGCACUUUGUAACAGUGUGAGAUUCUUGGUUCUUAGUGUCUGAUACUCUUGGAUCCUGAGCUUUCUCUCCUACUGCUCUCCCAAAGCAGGGUAUCAGAAUGCUUUCCAGAGGGGCCAUCCUUCCAUGACACCAGGACUGUCUGAACCCUCACUGUUUGUAGCCUGGUGAUAGCCUCCCCUUCCCCAGGGCACAGAAAAGCCAAGGGUCACAUGGCCAGGGGACAACUCCACUGAAGUGACCCACCACUUUCCUAGAAAACCCUUUGGCCUCUCCUCCACAGGAGUCCCUUGUUGGCCAGAGGGCCUGCUUCUUGUGGGCGCUUUCAAGUGCCACUGUGCGGGGCCUGGCUCUGCACACCCAGGAAAAGUCUGCAGACCCCCAGCCCUCCGCAAUAACUCACCAGACCAGAAGCCACUGAUGUACAGAGAACACUUAAAAAAUGUAUUUUAUGUGAAAAAAGUUAAAACUCUGUAUACUGUAUCAGCAGCUUUGUGUAAAAAUGGCAAUCAAAAGAGUCUAAUAUAUUUAAAACUUUUUUUUAAAAAAAAUUCUCAUGGAUCUUUGAUAUUGUACUGAAGUAGCGCCAUGUCUCCAAGAUGGAGUCUGACCAUAUCCCCAAGGGGCCUGUGCCCCUGGAGUUACUUUCAGCUGCCAAGGCCUGUGACGGAAUUCGCUGUUAUGGAUUUUUAAUUAAGAUUAUUAAAUUCCUUUUAAUAACA